AUGCACGACCGACUAUCCGAGCUCACAGGCAAAGCCGCAGCAGGCGAUGUCGCUAUUGACGUUGCCGCCGAGAACACAAAUGUGGCGCGGCCCAAGUUUAUGGAAAAGUUCUUUGUGGAUGUCGAGGAGAUGCAGGCCGACUUGGGGAAAAUCACAGUGGCCACAGAUCGCAUCGCUGAGCUCAACCACCAGGCGCUGCUGGCCACGGCCACCGGCGAGGAGCAGAUCAUUAGCCAAGAGUUGUGUUUGGUCAUUGACACUACCAACAAGAUUGCGGCCCGGGCCAAGGGGCUGUUGGAACUGAUCAAGAAGGAAACCGCAGACAAAAAGAAGGACAAGAACGCCCCGGCUUCAGAGAUGCGCAUCCGAGACAACAUGUCCACGACCCUCACGCGCAAGUUUAUGGACACGAUGAAGGACUACCAAAAGGCUCAACAGCGCUUCAAGGCGGAUAUGAAGAACAAGGUCAAGCGCCAAGUCCAAAUCGUCAAACCCGAUGCAUCCGAGCACGAGAUUGACAUGGUCAUGCGGUCCGCCGACCCUGGAGCGAUCUACCGCAGCGCCAUCCUCCAAGGCAGCAACGACUCGAUCAAGGAAGUGUACAUGAAUUGCCACGACAAGUACCAGGACGUGCUCAAGCUCGAGCAAAGCGUGGCCGAGCUGCACCAGAUGUUCCUCGACCUGGCGCUGUUGGUGGAGCAGCAAGGCGAAAUGCUCGACCAGAUCGAGUUCCAAGUCAAGACAGCGUCCAACUACAUUGACGCGGGCAACAAGGAAGUGACCAAGGCCCUCAAGUCCCAGAAGAGCAUGCGCAAGAAGAUGUGCUGCCUGCUCUUCUUCGGACUUAUCGUGAUCCUCAUCGCCGUCUUGGCGUCUGGCGCGUUCAAAAGCACCUGA